GCAGCUCUUUUUGCAUGGGCUGGCAUCAAACAACUUGUCCGUGCACAAUUCCCCCCACCGCACACCGUUGCUGUCGGGCACAUCUACCACACACCAUACCUCGAGAAACUUCCGCCUUCUUCGCGGCAGUCCGUGUUCCAGCUGUUAUUCGCUCUCCGUCGUGCCACCUUUCAUGAAGGUCCUCAAGGAACGUCGGUGGUGACCCAGGAGGGAGGACUCCAGCUGCCUUUUGCUCGUGCUGCUUCGGCCAACGACUUCAAGCACGAUCUACAAGCCCCCCGGCAGGCCUCGUCACGCCCUGCACAUGGUUCUGGGGAAAACAAGGAUUUCAGUAGGUCGGCGGCUCCGGUGUCCAAGAGCUGGAAGAACCAUUGGGGCGACCGGGAUUCGACGGCCAAGAGCAGGACGCACGACCACCACCGCUUCACGCAGUCUUCGCGUGGGCGCGGCGUCGGAGAUAACAGGCGAGAGCGAACCGUGGGGAACCAGCCUACGAGGUCUUCGCCGGCGAGUCGCCAUCGCCGGAGCAGGAGUCGGAGCGCAGAGCGACAACAGCGGACCAAUCCUUCGUCUAGGCGUGGGCGCAGCCGGAGCGGAGACGGUCGUGGGAGAAACACGCCUCCGUCUAGGCGUAGCCGUAGCCGGAGCCAGAACCAGAGCGGGGGCAAUAGCAGGGCGACCAGCACUGACAGCAGUCGCGGUGGGAAAGGGCGACGGAGGUCAGGCCACGGUAACAGGCAAGUGAUGUAUGAUCGAGGUGAUUUUCGUAGCUCUGGGUUGUUGGGGGAAAGCAAGGAUGCUUCAGAAGACGGUUCUCUCUGUUCUUCACCGCUUGCUCUACGCCCUCCCGCUGAUGUAGGCCAACCGACCAGGUCUUCUUUGGCUUUCAAACUUGCCAACAUGCAACUUCGUGAACGUUCAGCCGCUGUGAAAAGCCAUGCCCCUGCCCAUGCCGCUAUGGAUCAUCCCACAUCUUCCUUGCCUUUGGACGAACCUGUUGAGUCACCACGCCAUGCUGCAUCACACGCCUCGACUUCGGCCUCCCGUACUGAAAUGCUGUUGGAACAAGUACUCACUCUCCUGCGAGCAAAUCAAGUAGUGGAUGCUGCUGCCGACGCG